GAAAGGACGAAGGAGGAGGGGCUGUUGGUAGGCAGUUCACUUUUGAGUAAGUUUGUGCGAUGGGCGCGUCAGCAUCCUCAGUCAACAGCGGCAGCCUCGCCACCUCCGCCAUCCUGGGGCUGGAGAGCUCCGUGGCGACGGCCCAGGCAGCUGCUGGAGGGGAUCCAGCCGCCCUCAACGCUUUCCUGCGAACAGUAAUCAAUCGAGGCUCUGCCGUGUCAAAUGCCGCUGCAAUCACGGUAGCAACACACGCCGCACCACAGACACAGAGGGGAGGUAUCGCAGCACGCCUGAAUCUGUGUGUUCUCCCAUCAGGUAUCUCGCGGCCUCUCGCCGUUGCUGGCCACAUCUGACGUGGGCUUUGCGGCGCUGCUUGCGCAGAUAGAGCGGGAGCGCCGCGACGGCAACGACGAGGGGGAGUACGAGGAUGAUGAGUACCCCGACAGGGUGGGGCAGGCGUCCCCAUGGCGGACGCGGCUGAAGCCCAAACUGGUCGAUGGGUGGGAGGGGCCGGCGGGCGAGUUCCGCUGCCCCAUUUGCCUGGACCUCAUGGAACAUCCGGUCAUCACACCCUGCAAGUGAGCGGCAGGGAAUGGGGAGGGAGGGAGGGAGGUGAGGCUGGGAUCGUCUGUAUGUGUGUGUGCGUGUGGGGCUGGCUGUGUGUUUCAAUCAGGCAUCUGUUUUGCGGCAACUGUUUGCUGACGGCCCUGUUGCGUCAGUCGGUGUGUCCGCUGUGCCGCGCCACGGCCUUCGUGGUGCAGCUGCAGCUGCUGCGCACAGAUGCCACCAAGGACUCACAGGCCCUCUGGAAGGCAUACAGUGCACUGAAGGUACGCCACAAUCACCCCACCCACACACCCCAUUCUACUGCACACGAUGGAUUUUGUUCUAUGUCACAGGUGGAGUGUCCCCAGUGUUCAUGGCGCGGCCCCCUCGCCGACUGGCCGACCCACCGCACACACCGCCGGUCCAUCCUGUCAUUCACCAAGCGGGCGUCAUCCCCCGACUCCCACAACAAGUGCCAGUGCUGCAGAUGCACACAGGCGCGCAUCCAUUCGCGCAGCAGCAAGCGAGAGGACGGUGAGCCGGGGUCGCCUGUGGGCGGCAAGUUCGUGCGUCAGCCGCUGCCAACUGGAGCUGGGGAGGGGGAGGGAGAGAGGGAGAGGGUGGUGGUGGAUAUGGAUGAGAGGCCGGAGGGUCCUGUGGAGCGGCUGCUGGCGUGGCUGGGCAAGCGGCCUUUUGUCAAGGCAUCCAGGUAAGUUACGUGGUUCAGAGAAUGAGUGGGCUGAGAAUGUCUGUGUUCUCGAUGCGCCCGUCUUGGUGUGUGGGUGUCUUCUGUCGCAUGCGACGGACGAUAGGCUGAUGGUUGUGUCGCAUCGCAUGGAGAAUCCCGCCGGGGCUAUCGGCGGGUUUAUUCUAGGGUCACAGAUCAGCCACACCCAGGUGAGCAGAUCCAAACCGACACACAUCGACAGACUCAUGCACCCUCCUCACAUGUGAUCAGGCCGUGUUGGAGCUUCAGCUAGAUGCCGCCAGCCGCCCGUCGUCACCCACAGAUGGUACCCAGAAGGCCGUCACCUGGUACGCACAAGACACACACACACACUCUCAAGACACACGCGCAGCCUCCCGGACCCUGUGUGUGUCAGGUAUCUGAGCCUGGAGCUGUUCAUUGACGAGGGUCUGAAGUGGUGGGUGGGUCGCGAGUUCCCCGAGCUCCGCCCGUCGGCCUCCACGCUGACCAUCUACGACAACCUCAGUCUGGACUGCGCGGCGCUCGUGGCCUUCGUGGUGGAGACGCGGGACCGCCCAUACUCACUGCUCGACUGGAACUGCCAGACAUUCGUCAACAAACUCAAGCGUGUCGCACGUGAGUGAGACUCAGCCCUGCACCCCUGCCCCCCACCCACAUGAGCACCUCUGCUGCGUGUGUGUGUGUUGGCUCAGAGGUGGCUGAGAUGCGUUGCACCAUCCAGUCCAUCCCCCGCCCCUUCAGCCGCGCCACCCAGCUGCUGCCGCUCCUCAACUCGUUCGCAUCCUCGGGCAUCAUCCCAACCCAACUAGACCUUCAGACUGCUGCUGGCGGCACUGUGCGAGCCACCCAACAGCCGGCGACUUCUGCUACGGUGGCCGCUCGUGUGGGGAAGGUGUCGCUGUGUCUUUACCCCACAGAGGACCGCAAUCGGCAGUCACUCAGGCCCGCCGCCCAGCUCACUCGAGGCGUGAUGGACGUCAUCACGCGGGCAUUGGCGGGCGCGGCAGCCAGCGCCGAGCGAAUCCGAUCCACAGUGACGGCACCCACAUCGGCCGAUGCGGAGCAGGAUGACACUGGUGGUGAGCCGCCGCAGCACCAGCCGUCGUCGGCCAUGAUGAGUGCCCACGAGGAUGAAGACAACGUGUCGGUGACUUCCUCCAUGUGUAUAUCGGCGAGGAGCGCACGGUCGGAGGCCUUCAGCGGGCGGCAGGUGGCACUCAGAUACGACACACUGCCGGUGAGGGAGGCAAGGAGCCGAGAGAGAAGAAGGGAAGGGAAAAACGAACGACAUCCACCACGAGGAUCUCUCUUCUGUAUCUGUCUGCCUGUCUGUCUGUCUGCUUCCAGGUGGUUGUUCUGGAGCUGCAGUCGACCUCCCCCCUCCCACCGCCCCCCUCCUCUCCCCACCGCAGCACCAGUGUGGCACCAACCCCCUUCACGCCCUCACCCUCCACCGCCACCUCCAGCAGCAGCCACGGCCACAAGUACAUCACCCAUGGCUACCUCAGCCUUGAGUUUAGGUCCGACAGCGGCCUCUUUUGGCACGUCUACGCCGACAAGCCACAGGCGCUGCGAUCAUCGGAGCUCGGCGAGGGGAAUGGUGUGUCAGUGGACGGGGGGUACCCAAAGGUGGCCACGUGCGAGACCGAUUUCGGCGUCGGGAAGCUGGUCGACUAUCUGGAAGGCAUCGAAGAGAAAGAGGUGCCUGAGCGGACGGGACAAUGGGUGCACAUGUCACAUCCUGCCUGGCUGCAUCUCUGCUUUGCGUGUGGUGUGUUGGUGUGUGUCAGUAUCAUCCGGUUCACUGGAGUUCCUGGUCAUUUCUCGAGGGACUUCUCACGCACUGCUGCCCCGCACAGGCAGCCGACCUGUUGGCGGCCGAGUUCGGCUCAUCAGAUGAUGCCUCAGAGGGGCCACACACCGCCAGACAGACAACUAUCUGAGAGAGUGGCUGAGAGGUCCGAUUCGUUUUUUGUUUUGGGGAUAUGGGAUAUGGGAUAUGGGGGACGGCACAGCCUUUUUUGCUUUUUUGCUGAGAGGCAUUUUCGCUGGCUAAUUUUGUGGCGUGGACCAACCACAUGGCUGGGCCGGGCGGUGUGUGUGAGGCUCAUACACAUGCAUGAGCGCAUGCAUGCGGUGGAGACUCAUGUGAUUUGUCGGUUGGUUGAACCACGUGCACGGCUCUGCUUGACACGCUCCUGCACUAUCACUCAGUCAGUCACUGCACCAUCGCUGACGUCUACGCAUCGGUAUUGAGUAGCUUUCACCAUGACCAGACCAUGCAUCUGACCUAUAGUCAUCAACGUACUCGCACACAG